GAUGAUCUGGUUGGUCCUUUUUCUUAGCUGCAGUCACACAUCUGCUUCCUUUGUGCCGGACGGUAGCUAACAAGAGGAGAGGCCUCUGUCAUCCUCCAUCAUGCUCUCAAAUAAGAAAGACCCAGGCUCUUCCUCCUCCUCAUCCUCUUCCUCAGGAGGGAACGGGGCUGAUCGGGCCCUGGAGACCUCUGCGGGCUCCCAGUCGGUAGCUCCGACAGGUUCUUCUGCUUCUUCCGCAGACGUGAAGAAGAAAGAAAGGGCCUCCCCUAGCGGAGAGGCGAGCGGACCACCGCUGCCUCACCUACCCGGCUCGGCAGGAGCGGAUCAGGACUCGGCCGAAGGGCGCAGGACCAGCCGGCGCAAGAGAGCCAAAGUGGAGUACAGGGAGAUGGACGAGAGCCUGGCGAACCUGUCGGAGGACGAGUACUACUCGGAGGAGGAGAGGAACGCUAAAGCGGAGAAAGAACGAAAGCAGGUGGUGCCUCCACCUGCUCCACCUGUGGAGGAGGAAAACGACAGUGAGCCAGAGGAGCCCUCGGGUUUAGAGGGCGCAGCCUUUCAGAGUCGCCUCCCACAUGAUCGAAUGACAUCACAGGAAGCAGCGUGUUUCCCUGACAUCAUCAGCGGGCCACAGCAGACUCAGAAGGUCUUCCUGUACAUCAGGAACCGCACGCUCCAGCUCUGGUUGGAUAACCCGAAGGUCCAGCUCACGUUUGAGUCUACGGUCCAACAGCUGGAGGCACCUUACAACAGUGAUGCUGGCCUAGUUCACAGAAUCCACAGCUACCUGGAGAGGCAUGGCCUCAUCAACUUUGGCAUCUACAAGAGAGUCAAACCUCUACCAAGUAAGAAGACAGGGAAGGUGAUUGUGAUUGGGGGAGGAGUGUCUGGUCUGGCGGCUGCGAGGCAGCUGCAGAGCUUCGGCAUGGACGUCACUGUGCUGGAAGCCAGGGAUCGUGUUGGAGGAAGAGUGGCCACCUUUCGUAAAGGCAAUUACGUAGCAGACCUGGGAGCAAUGGUGGUUACAGGCCUAGGUGGAAACCCUAUGGCUGUUAUCAGUAAGCAAGUGAAUAUGGAACUGGCCAAGAUUAAACAGAAGUGUCCCCUCUAUGAGGCCAAUGGCCAGGCUGGAGAGCGAUGCACAAGUGUUCCUAAGGAGAAGGAUGAGAUGGUGGAGCAAGAGUUUAACAGGCUUCUGGAGGCCACGUCCUAUCUCAGCCACCAACUUGACUUCAACUUCCUCAAUAACAAACCUGUGUCUCUUGGCCAAGCCUUGGAAGUGGUCAUACAGCUGCAGGAGAAACAUGUGAAGGAUGAGCAGAUCGAGCACUGGAAGAAGAUCGUAAAGACGCAGGAGGAGCUUAAAGACCUGCUUAAUAAGAUGGUGUCCACUAAGGAGAAAGUAAAGGAGCUGCAUCAACAGUAUAAAGAGGCGAGUGAGGUGAAACCUCCCAGGGACAUCACGGCCGAGUUCCUGGUCAAGAGCAAACAUCGUGAUCUUACCGCCCUCUGCAAGGAAUAUGAUGCAUUGGCUGAGCAGCAGGUGAAACUUGAGGAGAGAUUGCAAGAGCUGGAGGCUAAUCCACCCAGCGACGUGUAUCUGUCCUCAAGAGACAGACAGAUUCUGGACUGGCACUUUGCAAACCUGGAGUUUGCCAACGCCACACCUCUGUCUACACUCUCACUCAAACACUGGGAUCAGGACGAUGAUUUUGAGUUCACAGGAAGUCACCUGACCGUGAGGAACGGCUACUCGUGUGUUCCGGUGGCGCUGGCCGAGGGUUUGGACAUCAAACUUAACACAGCUGUGCGUCAGGUGCGCUACACCUCCUCAGGUUGUGAGGUGAUAGCCGUGAACACACGCUCAACCACGCAGACAUUUAUCUAUAAAUGUGAUGCGGUGCUGUGUACGCUUCCUCUAGGAGUGAUGAAGCAGCAGCCACCCGCGGUACAGUUUGUGCCUCCGCUGCCCGAGUGGAAGACAUCUGCUAUUCAGAGGAUGGGUUUCGGCAACCUCAACAAGGUGGUGCUGUGUUUCGACCGUGUGUUUUGGGACCCGAGCGUGAACCUGUUCGGUCACGUAGGGAGCACCACAGCCAGCCGUGGAGAGCUCUUCCUUUUCUGGAACCUCUACAAAGCCCCCAUUCUGCUGGCGCUAAUGGCCGGAGAGGCUGCAGGAAUUAUGGAGAACAUCAGCGAUGAUGUCAUUGUGGGACGUUGCCUAGCGAUCCUAAAAGGAAUCUUCGGUAGCAGUGCAGUUCCUCAGCCGAAAGAGACGGUGGUGACGCGAUGGCGUGCAGACCCCUGGGCUCGUGGCUCAUACUCUUAUGUGGCAGCUGGUUCCUCUGGCAAUGACUAUGACCUCAUGGCCCAGCCAAUCACGCCUGGACCUGCAAUACCUGGGGCCUCACAGCCCGUUCCUCGACUCUUCUUCGCCGGGGAGCACACAAUCCGGAACUAUCCAGCGACGGUACACGGAGCUCUGCUGAGUGGCCUCAGGGAGGCAGGACGCAUCGCUGAUCAAUUUCUCGGAGCCAUGUACACAGUGCCACGGCAGAACACACCCACUGCCAACCCCCAGCCCUCUCCCAGUGUGUAGACACACAAGUCUCAUCCAGCAUGUAGGAGCUCACAUGUAUACGUCCUCUUGUCCAGUUUACAGAAAAACCGACACCACACCCACACACACACACACACACAACUCUAUAGCCCAGAACAGAACCACCCUACACUAGUGGACAGUCUUUGAGUACACAGCCAGUCAGAAAGAGAGGCUUGUAUACUAAUAUUGAUGUAAUGUGAGUGAGAAGAUAUGAUGUCUAUUGUCUAUAUUGAACCCUCAAAGUGUGUGUGUGUGUGUGUUCUCUAAUUACUGGUCUCCAAAAGGAAGCUGGAGUUUAAAGGAAGCUCUACCUCUUCCUGAUGAUCAGCAUUGGAAACGCAUCAUCGCAGGAGGAGUAGCCCCUUUUUACUUCUGAGAAUUUCCUGGAAUUUACCACAAUUUUCAGGAAUAAUUGUUACCUUGUUUGUGUGCUUUGCAGCUCGUUCCUCAACAAAGAACAGACUGGAACGCACACAAAUACAUGCUGCAGCUUGAAUGCUGCACACACACACACACACACACACACACACACCACCAUGAGCUGUUUGUCUGAUGAUUCAAACUACGGCUAGUGGAUUUCAACCCAGAAUACACACACACGCACACACACACACUUUCUUACGGUCUGGAUACACCAUGAACUAAAACCAGCUCCAAAAAAACAAUGUUUUGCAAAGACGUCCAGUUGGAAUUGAUGGGAUUCCUGAAGCUUGUUGUCACAGUAGAUCCGUGUGAACUUCACAGUUUGGCUUUCAUUGCAGAUGUUUCUCCAAACCAACAUUAUAUCCAGUUAUACAAAAUGUGGUUCAGUUCAUCAGCACCGUCUGACAGAGCAUUAAAACAGAGUAUCAUAUGUUCAGAGAAAGAAUAUUUUCAGAAACACAAACAUGGACUGGAAUCAGAAUCGGAAAACCUUUGCACUGACUUUUGUUCUAUUUUUAUUAUUUCGAUGCCGAGUCCAAAUUCAUGUGAAAGCCUCUUCUGCUGUUCAUGAUCUUGGUCAACUGUUUAGAUUCGAAUGGAGAAAAAAUUGUUUGAAGUGUUUUAAAUUUUUGUUGCAAAGUUAAUGAUUUUCAAGAAAUUGAAGCAGCUAGUUUGAACAGUUUUUUUUUGUUGUUUUGUUUAUUUUAUAUAUUUGUCAUUAUAGCCUAGGUUUUAUAUUUUGUCAGAAUUUGGUAUUAAAUGAAGAAAAGAAAGGCCGAGUCAUUGAUUUUUGUCUUGUGUGAAGUGUUCAGUAAUAUAGGUUGAAGCAAUGUGAUUGCUUAUUGUCUACCUUCUCACAACGCUGCUACCUAUGAUUUUAUAUACACACACACAGAGUUUAAACUCACCUCUUCCCACACCUGCUGUCUUUACAAGGUUUCUGGGAGGUGCCCUAAUUAUAAAGCACUGUGUGUUUUGAAAGGUGUGUACACGUGCAGCUGUAGGCACACACAGGUUUGUCAACGCAUAAGAACUCUCACGCUAAACACACGUAGACACGCUACAUACCUAGACGUUACCUCAUGCACGCCAUCUGUAGAUUAUGAUGCAGCGCUUACACUUGCAGGAACAGAUGUUACAGUUGGACGUGUAAACGUGCACAAACUGUUCCUUCCUCAGCCAAGACGGUCCAUUCAGCAAUACUUCCCCUAUUGGAAAAGCUUUAUCUUCAUCACACAAGGUGUUUCAAAGUACUCUAAUUGACACCUCUGUGUUUCUGCAAUCCUACAGCCUUCAGCCUGUGACCUGUGAUCACAAUGAAGCCCAUCGUCGGUUCCUUAAAUGUGAUCAGAGAAAUCGUUCAGAUGGGAAGCUCGUAAAAUAAUCAUACACAGAUGCUUUCUUAUACAGAUGUCACAUGACAAGGCUCAAUUUACUUACAGUUAACACCUAGUGGCAACAGCUUUCUUUAAAGUUUUCAUUUCUUUACAGUACUGUUGUCAUUUUGUUUGGUGAAAUAACAUUGGUGAAACAUAACCUCAUUGUGUUAUGUUUGUAGUGUCAUAUCAGCCAUAACAUUUAAACCAUGCCUAAUAUCGUACAGGUCACCCAUGUGCAAACAAAACAGCUCUAACCCCUUGAGGCAUGGACUCCAGGGCUCUACAGUAACAAUUUCAUUUAGGAGCCCAGUUGAAGUUUAGGUGUUUGUUUUUUUUGAGAGAUGGUAACAAUGUGCCACAAUAUAACACAAGUAGGCAUGAGAAAACUUGAGCUGGUCAAUUAUGACAGAAUUUAGGAACAUAGUGUGAGCCAUGACACAUUAAUUUACCUUCUGAUAAACUAAAUCUAAUAUUUUCAGGUCAUUUCUCUGGGCUGGAGUCAGUUCUCGCACCGCUCUGUGUGUAUUGUGUAGAUAUCUGAAUAAUCUCAUAUAGGAUGUGAUUGGGGGAGUUCAUUUACCCGUCAGAUGCACAGCGCUUUAGUUUAAUGCUGUUCAUUAGGGGCGCUCCGAUCAGGAUUUUUACAGCCGAUACCGAUCCAGAUACCAAUCUUUUUUAUUUAAACUUUAAAUCAGGAGGUCUGUCAUAAACAGUUAAAUGUAAGCUCUCUGCUCAUGGUCACUGUUAACGGAAUUAAAAUAAUAGCAAUGAGAAAUACUGUUGGUUAAUUGAUAAACAAACAAGCAUAAAAUAUUUAUUUUUAAAUAUUUUAAACAAUAAAGAGUCCUAAUUAAAAGUAGACUAACACAAACAUGAUCCAUAUUAGGAAAAAGGCUAAUAGCUUUCUAAGGAGAUAGCGAACUAAGCUUAAUGUCAAAUUGAUAUUAAAUGCAACCCAUAGUAAUUAAACAUUUCAUUUCUCAAUUUUAUUUAUGUUUUAUGAAGUUAUUAUAAUAUCUAUUUUUUAUAUUAAAUGAUUUUAUAGUGAUAUCUGGCAACCGUGAAUUUAAAUGAAGUGAAUGUGCUGUCUGUUAGAGCUGCUGAAGGGGGAGCAGCAGUGUACUGUAUGUUUACAGACUGAACAGUUGCUACUGUUGAUUAUGAUUGGUGAGGAAUUAUUUAAUAAAGAAGUUUGAAUUAAACCCACCUUGUAGCGUUAGCAUUAUUAUUCAUUUACUCCGCCCGAUGCUGUGUCUAAACGAGCAGGUGCAAGUUCAGGUCAUUUUGCGGGAUCAAUAAAAGAUGGUGGUUGUGAGAUCGGGAAGUUGAGAGAAGCAGAUGAUGUACAGAGUUACUCCAUCAUAAUGGCAUCUCUGCAGUAUUUACACACUUGUUUGGUUGACUGAGGAGAUGAAAAGCAGUGUGAAAGUAACUGUUGCGAGGUGUAGAUGCAUUUUGGACUUCCUGUAGUUUUUAUCCCGAUUGUAUUAUACAACUCCGAAGAGGUCACUCACACCGGCGCGAAUAAAUAUUCACAGUCAAACAAAGUACUUCAGACGCAAAUGCAAGUAAAAUGGUUGCACUGUAGAGCCCUGGACUCAAAAAGACCUGUGCAGGUGUGCUGUGGUAUCCAGCACCAAGAUGUUCGCAGCAGAUCCUUUAAGUCCUGACCGGUCCCAUACUUAUCAAGCUGCGAUGCACUGUGUGUUCUGAUACCUUUCUAUCAGAAUCAGCAUGAACUUUUUUAGCAAUUCGUGCUACAGAAGCUCUUCUGUGGGAUCGGACCAGACGGGCUAGCCUUCGUUCCCCAUAAGCAUCAACAAGACUUGUUUGCCCAUGACCCUGUCCCCAGUUCACCGGUUGUCCUUCCAAGGACUACUUUUGGUAGGCAUUAACCAGUGCAUACCAGAAACACCCCACAAGACCUGCUGUUUUGGAGACACUCUGACCCAGUCGUCUAGUCAUCACAAUUUAGCCCUUGUCAAAGUCACUUGGAUCCUUACACUUGCCCAUUUUUCCUGCUUCCAACACAUCAACUUUGAGAACUGACUGUACACUUGCUGCCUAAUAAAUAAAACCCACCCCUUGACAGGUGCCACUGUAACGAGAUAAUCAACGUUAUUCACUUCACCUGUCAGUGGAUUUGUGGUAAUAUUAUUGUUGAUAGGUGUAAGUGUUGUAGCGUUAAUUUUAUUUUUUUUAACAGUCUAUAUCUCACCUCCACAGAAAACAUUUUCAAUAAAUGAGACCCUUAAAAAGAAACCAUAAGUAGAAAUGAAUCAUUUAAAGAAAAAUGGCCACAAAUGGAGCCUUGGAUAAAAGGGGAUUAAAAUGUUUCUAGCUGAAGUCCAUGUGAGAAACAGCAGUGACAGCUCGUACAUAGGGACAGGUUGUGCAGAAGCCCACCACUAAUUUAAGGUUCAAUUAUGUUAAAUGAGGACCUGACAUUUUGGUUUGGUCUUAUUUAAAAUUUGGUGUUUUUUGUAUUUCCAAUCAGCUAACGUCUGGGACUUAAAUAAUUUCAGCACUGUUUUUAUGGUAUGUAAACAGUAAUAUUAAAAGAAGCCAUGAGGUAUUGUGAUUUGGAGAACACACAAGCUACUCCUGAGCACGGAGCAGUGAAUCAUGAAGUGUGGACUUCAUGUGCCACAUCAGUCACAUGCCAGCUACAUGCUGCUCACGAAGUUGAACUUUGAAUCAAGACUUUGGGGUGAGAAUAAGACCCACGUUUCCUCGGCUAUGAUCAGUCGCUCUCAACCAAUCCCCUUUCUCCUGGAAAAUGGCGGUGACAAAUCAUGUUAUUGUGUAUUUGUCAUACAAACACAAAAUUAAUUGAUAGUUAUUGCAUUCUUAUGUAAAGAUAGAUAAAUGAAAGUGUAACCAUUAAAGAAAAUGUUUCAAAAUGGUUUGUGAUGGUUUAUGUUUAGUUGGCUGUAUAUGAAUUAGGAACAAGUCUUCAUUUUUUGGAAUACUGCAUUAUUACUCUUUACCUAUUAGUGAAAAUAUAUUAUAUCUGCUCUUAUAACUAGAAAUGUUAGCCAUCAUCACUAGACACCAGCGAGCUCCAAAACAAUGCAACAAUUAAAAAAAGAGAAAAGGUCUUAAGGAAGAGCUAGCUUGUUCACUAAUGUCAGGUUUAUUUACACUAAU